AUGGAGAUGAUGAUGAUGACGGUUAUGAUGAUAAUGCUGCUGCACAUAAAUGCAGAAUGCUUGCUCUUCAUUGAACAACCGGAAGUUGUUAUAGGCGAUGCAGGUGAAAAAGUCCUGGAAAGGGCCGAAGGCAGUGUUGUUGGAAAUGACCAGGCUACAACUACAACAACAACAGUCGUUGUAAUUAAAAACGAGAACGUUAAACCAGUUAAAGAAUUCGAAACAGAUCCCCAAAUCGAAAAAGAAAGCGAAGCAUUAACAACUACGACAGAUGUUGUAACCAAAAAGGAGAACGAAUGUACUGAUGUUCCAGACAAGGAAGGCGGGUCGGCAACUGCAAUGACAACAACAAUUGUUGUUGCCAAAAAUGAGCCGGAUCCAGCUGAUAUUUCUGAUAAGGAAAGCAAAACGUCAACAACAACAACACUUGUCGUUUCACCCAAAGGCCAAGAGGAUAUCGAAACAGAGGAACAAGUAACGGAAUCAAGUUCCAAUGCGGAUGCCCUAAGCAACGCUAAUGAGACAGCGAAUGAAGCUGAUGCCAAAGGCAACACUGAAAUCAUGGAAGGAGCUGCCGAAGUAGAGCAAGAAGAAAGUGGCGAUGGUGAAGAUGAUGUCGAUGGGGAUAACUUGGAGAUCGGGACCAAGAAAGAAACAAAAGAUGAAAAAGCCCAAUUCAAUAUUCCGGAAAAGUCGGAAAUUGCUGCUGAAUCAACAAUAAUUCAGGAUGAAAAUGCCGUAAAAUCAAAUAAAGACAUUAAUAAUCAAAUCGAAAACAUAAUAUCUGAUAUUGACAUUAACAUUAAAGCUCAGGAGAAAAUAGCUCAGCUUAAAGAGCAGGAACUUCAGCUAAUACAAAAACAGAAAGAGUUGGCCAAUCAGAUUCAGCAGCAACAAUUGUUAGCCCAAAAAUUGAUCGCGGAAAAUCAACUAAAGGAACAGGAACUGCUACGGCAAAAGUAUGUGCCUCAACAGCAGCAUCUUCAAAGUCCCCGUCAAUACAUCGAGGACAUAGAACCCACAAUUAAGCAGGAUCAAUGCCGUACAGCCAUGUCACAACGCCAAGAAGAUUCAAAUAAAUUUCAGGAAUCGUCCAACAUAUCGAGGACAGUUGAUUUGCGAAAAAUAUUUACUCCAGCGACAGAUGCGCCACAAAUAUUGCCCAAGAACCGAAAGCUAUAUGCCUCAUCAGCAUUUUAUUCGCCAACACUACAUCCCACUGUGGAGGACCAAGUUGAGCUUGCUCGCCGAAUCUCGCAUUCAUUAAGCGAUAUAAGCAAUCAAACUUCUAAGGGUCAAACAAUGUAUGUGAAUCGAAAAAAACGCUCAGUUAAAUGGGUUCACGAAGGUUGUGGUCAAGGAGAAGAUAAAGAUAUCAUCGAAACGUGCUCUUUAAGCAAAGAAAAUGCGGAAGAUAAUUCGCUGCAGCCGGAACUAAUCAAGCUGGAUAAAAUGCCAUUAAAACUAGUCAUGAAUCCACGUGGGCAAAUGCGUGACUAUAAUUCAUUAAAAGAAUCGAUAAACAUUGAAUCGGGCCUUUUAUCGCCCGACAAUUGCGCUGAGCUAAUAACUGCGUUGCAACUGCAUAAAGGUCGAGGAGCUGAGCUCUUUGCAAAACGUCGGAGAAAGGCUGACAAUUGGGUAGUCGAUGAGACAAAUGCCGGAAUUCACAGUCCAUCUGGUAUUCCAGAUUAUCAGCAAUAUCAGGCCAAUAGACCGGCUGCUACAUCACCAAGCAUCGUCCCUGCGUAUUCGGAUGCUGGAAAGCAUCGUGUCCAAUUGAAUCUGCAUCAGGAUCAACUAAUUGAGAAAUACUCAAAGGCUGGCGUUCAGGUAGUCAAAUCCCCGUGGGAAGCGGCUUUACAAACCGGUUCAGCGAGCAGCGCAUUUUUGGACCAAUCUCAAUACAGAAGCCCGACACCCAUACUCACCCAGCCAUCACCUGUGCAUUUCACUCAAGAGUUUACGAAUUCACCUGCCUCAUAUGCUACCCAAUCGAACUAUGCACAGGAUUCAUAUAAAAGUCCGCUUGAUUCUCUCUGCAAAAGUCACCCGAUUCAGCCAUCCAAUCCACAGAGAGAACUGGCGUAUAAGCCAAGUGUUGCUCAAGGCUGGGGAGGUCGCAAUGUCGAACUACCAAGAGGCUUGUAUGUACCUAAGGAAAUAUCUUUGGCCAGCUAUGCACCUCCGCCUGGCCUGCCAACACAUAAUAUCCAAAGCUCACCAAAGCCCAUGGACUAUUCUACAAAGGCAUACGACGCACCACCAUAUAAUAGCUUCCCUGUGGCGAAUCAAAAAUCUGGUCUAUAUAAUUCAGUGCCACCCAAGCAGCAGCUGUAUAAUCCAACCAGUUAUCAAAAGCUACCAUCCAGCUCGCAGCAGGCGGGACCACAGGUCAACUUUAGUCCAUCUCCAUUGUCGUUCGAUAAGCUAUCGAAGUUUCAAGAAUCAUCGGAUCAGAGAAAUAAACGAUUCCUCAAUGUUAACAAACAGCCUGUCUAUAGAGGUGUGCAAAAUGGGUCUCCAACCCCUUUCCUAUCUGCUGGUACUAGUGGCCGUGAGGGUGGGUCGACGAUUUCAUCGCCUACAUAUGGAUCGAAUACAUCGUAUUAUGCUGGAUCUCAACAAGUGGUGCAUGGUAACAAUCAAAGCUUUAACAACUGCGCUCGGGGCUGGAGCAAAGGAUCAAACAAUAUCCAACCGAGUGUCUACCAUCUAAAAACAGUGCCAGUUGCAGCAACAGAAAGUCUGCCAUAUUCUGACUUCUGAAUCGAUUUAUAUCGAUAUCGAUUUCAAUAUAAAUUUUCGAUUUCGAUUUACGACAUGCUCAACUGAUUGUUAACGCAUAUGUACGAUAUUAAUAUUGUUGUUUAUUAUUGAUUGA